AUUUGAACUCUGGACCUUUGGAAGAGCAGUCGGGUGCUCUUACCUGCUGAGCCAUCUCACCAGCCCUCUUGUGUACUUUUUAAUGCUUGAGGACAAUCCCGAUUUACUAUUGCAGUAUAGUGUUCAGUUAUAAAUAUAAAAGGGAAAUGGUCUGGCUAUAUACUGUGGAAGGUUUUCAAUUAGAUUAUUUACAUGGUUUAUCUUUUUUGUUUCGACAGAUUUAAUUUUUGUUCAUAAAACAUACUGACAGGUUAGAAAUAUAUCCCCCUCCAUCUCUUAUAAAAUUCACAUCCCCAUUCCAUAUCCACUCCUCAUCUUAAAUUUUUUUAUUUAAUUAAAAUGUAAUUACAUCAUUUACCCCCCUUCCAACCCUCUCAGAUGCAUAGCCUCUUUUGCUGUUUAUUAUCAUUAUGUGUGUUUAAAUAAAUAUAUAAAUGCACCUUGCAGAAGCCUAUUGAAUGUUGCUUAUGUGUAUAUUCUUUUUAGGACAGAACACCUGGUAUUGGAUAUCUGUAUAGGAACCUUGCUUUGUAGUAAUGGGUAGUUUUUAAAAAUCUUUGAAUUUGAAAUUAAUUUCCUGUAUCUUUACUAGUUUAGUUUUCAGAGACCUGUCACUCUUAAUUAAAUACAAUUGGACAGGUUUUGUAGUAUUCAUUUAAUACAGAACGUGCACAUCUUUGCUUAAAAGAAAAGCUGUUAAAAAAUUUCCUUAGAAAUUUUACAGCCUACCCACAUAAUAAAAGAAAUUUCAAGGAAGGCACUAGAAGAGAUGUCAGAAGAUUCAGAAGAGGAGGACUAUUCUGAUAGAAGUAUCAGUGAUGACGAUGAAUUGGAUGAGGAUUCAUUCAUGAAAUUUGUAAGUGAUGAUAUUCAUCCGUGUACACUACUAGCAGCUGAUUCUAUUGGUGACCCAUUCUUCCCUCGGACUACACAGAUUUUAUUGGAGUAUCAGCUAGGAAGAUGGGUACCACGCCUUCGCGGACCACGAGAUUUAUAUGGUGUCUCUUCUUCUGGUCCACUGAGCCCAACACGGUGGCCAUACCACUGUGAGGUCAUUGAUGAAAAAGUCCAGCAUAUUGGUAUGUUUUUAGAAGUUUGGGGGAUUCAGACAUUAGCAAACUUAUCAAUCUUGAUGUUAAUGAGGACACUAUGUAACAACUGCAUGAAGUAUAAUAUAAGCCACAUGUAUAAAUAAAAAUUUCCUACUAGCUA